GAACAGUCCAGUUCACGAAAACUUUCGGCUCUCACAAAAGACCGCCGUAAGCUCAUCCAUGAAUUUCAUCCCACCAAACAAAGGCGGAGUACCUUUCAUAUCAAAGCCGUCAGGUGACCCUCAACGGUCCAUUCCACAUUUUAAGACAACACAACCGAUGCUAGAAUACACAGUUUUAGAGACCAGAAUACCAGCGAAGAAGAGCGAUCUGAAGUGCAAACAAAACUUCUACUUGAAGGAUACACUGGAUGUUUCAACCUCAUUUACAUCAAUCAUCGAAAAUGAUUGUUCCACACCCAAGUCCAAUGUAAUCAAAUCAGGAACUUUAAAAGAUACGUUCUCAGUUGGCCAAGCUAAGCCCGAAACAGACCAAGGACUUGGUGGCGGGAAACAUGCACCUACACCCAACCUUGUCAACGAGCAGACACCUGAUCAUCCUGAUUCCCCAUCCCUUGUCAUUUGCGACUCUCCAUCUUCUGGGAAAGCAGUUGUACAGUUUCGUCGAAGAACAUUCGAUUGCUCAAGGCAAAAACACAGAUGCAGUACCUGUAGCAGCACGUUUAAUACGGAGAGAGCAUACACAAGACAUAUGGCCACUGAACACAACCAGAAGAGGACCCAUAUCUGCAGUUUCUGUGAGAAGGGGUUCCAGGACAAGUUCGACCUGAAAAGGCACUACCGCACUCAUACAGGUGUAAGGCCUUACAAGUGCAGCAUCUGUCCACGCACCUUCACCCAACGAUGCUCUCUGGAGACCCACAUCAGCAAGGUCCAUGGAAUGCCACUAACCUUCGGCUUUAAGGAGCGACGAAAGAAGAUUUACGUGUGCGAGGACUGUGGGGAUUCUGUCAAGGACGCGUAUGACCAUUACCUUCACAUGUGGAUCUCACACUCUCGCCUGGCGAUGCCCAAACGUCUUCGACAUAAAGUGAUGCACAAGAUCAGAAAGAUCAGUCAAGAUGGUAAUGUUAAAAGCGAGGAGCAACUUUUGGCAGACAAUAUGGUUGUCACCCAGGCGAUUCGUUGUCUUCGAGAUCGCGUACAAUCUCAGGGUUAGGGUAUUUUAAUACGAGAUUCUGUAUUUGUUACCUCAAUAUGUAUUACCUCCUCAAGAUACCUCAAGAUUUGAUAAUAGUAUUAUUUUGACCACUAUAAAGUGUAAUCUAAAAUGUUUAAACGAUUUCUUUAAAAAAUGGUUUGUUUAAGUUGAAAAUCAGGGCUUAAUCUUUUGUAUUUAGGGCUUAUUUGAAAAUUGCGUUACCAUAGGUGAGUUACUUACUCCAGUAGCAAAAAGUAGAUUUUGAGCACACCUGGGGGCAAGAGCUCAGCGUCCGUUGUAUGGUUAGAUAUCCAGUUGGGGUUGAGUGUUAGAGUCGCGUUAGCCAUGAUGGUGGUGUUAAAAGUGAGGAGGAACUUUGGGCAGAUUAUAUGGUUGUCAUCCAGGCAAUUCGUUGUCUUCGAGUUCUCGUACAGUUUCAGGGUUAUGGUAUUAUAAAUACAAGAUUCAGUAUUGGUUACCUCAAAUUCUAUUACUGCCUCAAGAUACCUCAAGAUUU